AUGAAGGAGGAAACUAGUGAUACGAAAAGUUCAUCAUACUCAAGCAAUCCACCGAAAUUUGAUUUUAAGCAGCUUGGAAAAAGUAUAAAGGAUGAAGAAUCGGUACAGUUCCUCAAAUCAAAACGUGGUGGCUGUCGACCUCCUCGUCCAAAAAAGGAAUUUAUUUGUAAAUUCUGUAAGCGUCAUUUUACAAAAUCUUAUAAUCUAUUAAUUCAUGAACGGACACACACGGAUGAGCGGCCUUACGUAUGUGAUAUUUGUGGGAAAGCAUUUCGUCGUCAGGACCAUCUUCGGGAUCAUCGAUUCAUCCAUUCCAAGGAAAAGCCUUUCAAAUGUGAAAUUUGCCAUAAAGGUUUCUGCCAAUCACGUACACUUCAAGUGCAUCGAGGAUCCACGCAUAACGAAUCAUCUUCGAUCAGUUUAAAAUCAUCAAAACCAUCCUCAAUUGAAAUUCUGCUAGUUUUUCAAACAUUCUAUUCGAAUUUUUCAUCGACAUCGAUGAAGUCAGUUUGUAAGACAUCAUAUUAG